AUGUUAGAAGGCAAAGCUGUUAUUGGUGAGACUGAUAUGCUUCAAACUAUGCAGCAAGAUGCCCUUCACUUAGCUGCAAAGGCCCUUCAUAUCUUCAGUGUCUCUUGGUCGAAUGAUAUAACUUGCUUCAUAAAAAAGGAUUUUGACAGGCUGCAUAGACCUGGAUGGCAAUGCAAAGUGGGGACAGAUUUUGGUUCCUUUGUGACGCACUACCAUGGCUACUUCAUCUACUUCUAUAUUGGCAGUCUUGCAAUUCUGUGA